GACGGGAGGCUCCCAAGAAAAACACUGAUUGCUAUGAGACGAUCGGCAACCCUACACGUCUGCCUGUGCUUAGCAGGGCUGCUGUAGUGCUUCUGUUUGCCAGCUUAUCGUAUGCACUUCUGACAGAAAGAUUUGCUGUACCCACAAGCAUCUUACAAGUACAUUUAAAUAAGACACUUGUGGGAUCCAAGUUCCAACUUCUUUUUCAAAGAGCUGCUCCCAUCACUGGCACAGUCCACGUGCUUAUCGCCGUCCUUGGGUUGCUAUUAUUCGUUCAAUAGCUCUGUCAAGAGGUACCUUCCAGGAGCAUGCUGUAAUCGGCAGUUCUGGGUCAAACCAGAAGUACUUUUACCGAGAAUUUCUGAAUGUUUUACCCUGUGCCUCUCGACUCAAGCUCUCUGAAGGUCGCAUUACUGGACACAGUGAAACAGAAGAGCAGAGGUAGCGUACGUACAACCUCACUCGAACAUUCUAAUCGCUCAACCCGAGUAACCCUCCACCUCGCAUUCUUCUGGACGUUAUAAAUACUCGGCGGUGGGCUCUGCCGCCUCACAUUUUCAGGCCGGCUGUCCAAAAUGCCCUUUAAGCUCUAAACCAUUAAGCGCUGGGUACCCGUGCCCAGCCGGCAGCAUCCAGCCCCGGCGCUGCUCCCCCGGGCUCGGGGCACGAGCCUGGUUUAAGAGCCACCCUCCCACAUUAAUAUGCAAGGCUUGCUGGAGGUGGGGAUACACAACGCCUACCCAGAGGAGCGUUGGGAGGAACGUGGCUUGAUCUCCCUCUUGUGGAAAAUUAUUGGAACUAUAUUCUUGUGAUACUGAAGAGAAAAAGUCCAGCAUCCAUCAGGAAACAAAUGAUGGCAGCAGUUACCAUGGCACCUGGUGCUCUUGUCAGCCCUCAAGGAAAUGAAGAGGUGGACUCUCUGAUUGUACUGCAUUAUAAUUACACAGGAAAGCUUAUUUUAAGGGAAAAGGCAACUGAUAAAAUAGACCUGCCCACCAUUUCAUUUCUUAUCCUAUGUAGUUUCAUAGUCCUGGAAAACUUGAUGGUGUUGAUUGCCAUAUGGAAAAACAAUAAAUUUCACAACCGUAUGUACUUUUUUAUUGGCAAUCUAGCUCUCUGUGAUCUUUUAGCUGGGAUUGUUUACAAAGUAAACAUUCUUAUGUCUGGGAAGAAAACUCUGAGCUUGUCCUCCACAAUCUGGUUCAUUAGGGAAGGUAGCAUGUUUGUUGCCCUGGGAGCUUCCACUUUCAGCUUGCUAGCGAUAGCUAUUGAGCGGCACUUGACCAUGAUUAAAAUGAGGCCUUACGACGCAAAUAAAAAAUACAGAGUGUUCCUUCUCAUUGGUACAUGCUGGCUUAUUUCAAUUUCCUUGGGUGCCCUCCCCAUCCUCGGCUGGAACUGCAUAAACAACUUGCCAGAUUGCUCAACAAUUUUGCCUCUGUACUCCAAAAAGUAUGUUGUGUUCUGCAUUAGUAUCUUCAUAGCCAUUUUGGUCGCCAUUGUCAUCCUUUAUGCCCGUAUCUACAUACUGGUUAAGUCCAGCAGUCGUAAUGUCACCAACCACAAUAAUUCGGAGAGGUCCAUGGCACUCCUCAGGACUGUUGUGAUCGUCGUUAGUGUCUUCAUCGCGUGCUGGUCUCCACUGUUCAUCCUGUUCCUCAUCGAUGUGGCCUGCAGGGUCAAGGAGUGCUCCAUCUUGUACAAAGCCCACUGGUUUAUUGCUCUGGCAGUCAUCAAUUCUGCAAUGAACCCCAUCAUCUACACCCUGGCCAGUAAGGAGAUGCGUCGGGCUUUCUUUCGCCUUGUUUGUGGCUGCCUGGUGAAAUCCAAGGUGGCCAGAUCUUUGCCUAUUCAACCCACUCCAGAUAACAGUCGAAGUAAAUCCAGCAGCAGCAAUACCCAGAAGCCAAAGGAAGAUUUCCCACCAAUAAAUGUUCCCUCAUGUAUUGCUGAGAAAAAUGAAUCUUCAUUUCACAACGGAAACUUCUGUAAGUAGAAGACUCCUUGAGACAAGUACUUUUCUGUAAUUUUGAAGUUUAAGCUACAAGUGUAGCUUAAAUAUUCAGGCACUUCAGUCACAGUGGAAAACACUAACCAUUUAUUUAACUUUGAGAACUUAUUUAUCAACAAUCAUUUGCUUUGGGUGUUCAUUCAGUUACACACCUGAUUCAGAAAAAGCCUUUCAUGCUGCCCAGCAGCCAGGACAGAGUCCAUGCACAGCUAAGGACAUCAUGUGCCACAUGGCAUGCAUGCUAAGGCUUCAUUUGACACCUCAUGCUCUUGCAAGACAUCACUAAAAACUGUUAUGAACUUCAGCAUUCAGUAAAGACUGCUGAUGAUUGUAAGGUGUGCCCAGUUAUUGCCAACUGGGAGAAGAAUUCAUUGCAUAAGUUGCUGAUUAUAGUUCUCUGUAUGUAUCUUCCUGUUGUGUUAAUGGCCUUUUAAGUAUGUGGUAUAAAUAGCUGUAUAUUUGUACAAUUUCUCAUUAAAAAGUCAUUUAUUGAUAAAAGUUUACAACAUGCUAAACAUUGUAUUGCAGUAUACAGUGUGACUAAUUGUACAAAUAGAUGCGUUUCAAUGGGGAUAUUUAAAAUGAAGUAGUAGCUUUUAACUGUCAGAAACUUUAACAAGUCAUAUCAAUGCAGUAUUUUUAUUUUUUCCAUUGUUAUUCAAACUUUCCGUGUUUAGUGAAAGACAACCUGACAGUUGUCACUGUGGCAUUUCACAACAUAUUUUAAGUAAGCAGUAGUAAACUGUUGAGAGAGGAUAUAUAUUUGCUAUUUAAAGUAGUUAAAAUGUGACCCCUCAAUACAUGUGUAACAAGUGUAUGUGCUGCUUCAACGCAUAUAUUUUUGCUUCCUAUUUUCGAUAUAUUUAAAAAUGUAUGUCGAGCCUGUGUAAACCUGUGUACAUUGUGAAUGCACUACCUAAGCUGAGAUCCUUCAGUUCUGAAACAGAGACGUAUCAUUUCAGAAAGCAAUGAACCACAGUGGGUUCCUGUGGAGUUCCCUCUUUCCUCUCCAGACCCUACCCCAAUGUGGGAUUGUGUUAGAAAUUCUCCCUGGGAAGUUCAGCGAGUGGGACAAUGUCCCAUUUUCUGUCAGUGAGAUCCAAUGCUUCUGGACACUUCUGCAGAUACAAGAGGGAAGAUGCGGUACAGCAGGGUCAUGCUGAAGGGCAUAUCUCCGUUUAUACCCAACCCUGCCUUGCAUCUGGAAGGAAGGUUUAUUUAGUUUGAAAGACCUGGAGCCCCAGCCCCAGCCUUUUGAGAGCCUGUUCCAGAGAAACCUGAAAACUACCUUAUAGUUGUCACUGCCUUACCAGCCUGGACACAGAUUGCUGUUGAGUGUCAGAGUGGUUCCCUGAGCCCUGGAGUGUUAAAGACUUCACAGAUACCUGGUUUCAGAUUCCCUUGGAAGUGGCCCAUGGUACUUCAAUCGAUUGUAUUUUAUGGCUGGAGGCUUCAGUGGAGUUUGAUGGGAAAUUCUGGGACAAGUUCUCAUUGUUUCAGUAAGAAUGUAUACAUCUAACGUUAUUGGGCUCCUUCAAAGAUUUGUGUUUAAUGUCUCAAAAUACACUUUGCCUUAUGCACAAUCAGAAGUAGUUGAGGCUUUUUAAAUACACAGCCUGAAAGAACUUAUUCUUAGCUUUACUCUGGUCUUAAUCAUUUAAAGCAGCAACAUUAGACUCUUCUCAAGUAUGUAUAGUGUAUCAGUUGUGUAUUGUAUGUAGCAAAAACCUUUAAAAUGUAGAUGUCUGCAUUGUGAUUAUCUUCUACAAAUUAACAGUCUGUAAAUGUUUUAUGGUGUUAGAAAAGUGUAUAAGAACAAAGAACUGUAUUUGAAUGAAAUAACUGUGAAAGAGAGUAGUUAAUAUGAAAUAAUUUUUACCAAAAAUGUUGAAAAGCAGUGCACUUAGAGAAGAAGAAAAGCUAAACCAAGGUAAGUAUGAUGUAACUAUAUGGAUUGUAGAUACAGGCUGCAGGCUCUGUAGCUUUGUGAGAAAUAGAACUGGUUACAUUGCAUUGCCAUGCCUGAUUAGGGUUUUAGAUUUUACAUUGCUAUUGGGCUGUAUUGCGGAAGUUCUCCCCUGAAGUUAUGGCACUAAAAAUUGCAAGCAAAAAUAUUUUCACACUUGUGUUCGUUCCCAAAGUGGUGGCACGUGGCAGUUUCCUUGCUACUGUAGAGCAGACAGGCCUUAGGAACACAAUGGUUCGAGAAAACAUGGUGGCUGAACUCACACAAACCCUCAUGUUAAGGAUGUUACAUCAUUCUUGCUAUAUUGGUGAAAAAUAAAAUCUUUUAACAGCCAAAGUCCAAAAAGUGAGUUUUAACAUCUGCAUUCUAGCCUUAGCUGUUGUCAGUAUUGGUGCAAGGUACAAGUAAUGCAAAGAACUCCACUGUUAAUGGCCAUGUGAUUGCUUUUUAGUACAAAACCCUUUCAUUCUACUUUGAUUUUCUUCUCUUAUUUUGGAGCUGUGGGGAUAUUUUGUUAGUUCACUACCCUCCUGUACCUGAAACAGGUUUCUAAGAUUCGUGGCUUCACAUGUAACACUGCUAAUACAAUUUACAAAGUACUUAUGACUGGAGAAAAAAACUAUUGUCGAUACAAUCUUCAGUGAGUCCAUCCCACUGGAAAGUACUAGAUAAAGCAUAAAUUGUGGAAUAUUUCAGAGCAGAAUUUUAAAUUAGAACAAGUCAAGGGUUUAACAGCAGUCAACCUUAAACAGCCUUAACAUGAUAUACCCUUGAAGCUGGAAAAAUAUGGAUAGUAUCUUCUUUCACCCUAAAAUAUAAGAAGAUUCCUCUCAAACACAUCCCAGAAUCUAAGCCUUUUAUCAUCUAGGCUGAUUUGAGCAUACAGGAAACCGAAUUUGGAUUUCCUUUCCAAUUGGUUUUACAUGGAGCAAAGGCUACGAAGAUUAACAUUUCGUUCAUAUUGUUUCAUGAAUUGGAAUGUUUGUUUUGAUUAUGGAUUAUUAAUAAAUGCAAAUCCAGCCACCUGUGGAGAAAAUAAAGGUUUUCACAAUCUGCUUUCCAAGAGUCUUUUAUU